GGAGUAACUAGGAAGUGUGUUGGUAACUAAGGAGAACUGGGAGGUUGAAUAAAGGCGAUUUAACUGUGUGGAAAUGCUGAACGUCAACUGAUUUUUUUAGAAACAUCAAGAGAAGGCGAUCCACGUUACCAGCGAAAGGGUCUAUGGCUUUGCCGACCUUCUCGGCCCAUGUGCCCAGCCGGUCCCGGGUGCUGGCCGGACAGCUGGCCCGGCAGCGGGAGCAGGAGGCCCGUUGGCGGCAGCAGUGGGAGCUACAUGCUCAGUACUUCAGGGAGCAGAGUGUCCGCAGCCAGAAACAGGCGGUGUGGAGCUCCCAUCAUUCCUACCAGCAGAGUAUGUCAGCAUACCACAAACAGAGACUGAUGGAGGAAAAGAAGGCCAGCCUGGAGCAGCGCAGGAAUCGGCUCAGAGCCAUGCUUCAAGAGGAGCAAGACCGGCUGGAGGCGGAGCUCAGGGAAGUGCUUCCUGACAGGAAGACACUGGCAAGUCAGCUGGUGCAAAAAACCGAGGAGCUCCGUUCAGCGAGGGAGGAAAGAAGGAAAAAGCUUGCACAAGAGCUGCUGAGGGAACACUGGAAGAACAAUAACCCAGAGUUGCGAGAGGUCGAGUCAGCAUUACAUAAAGAUCAUGUUGUCAGCCAAUGGCAGGAGCAGAUAUCUGAGAAGAGACAGCAAGAAGUGGCAGAGCAGGAGGAGAAGAGACGCUUUGAAAAUGAGUACGAGAGGACCCGAAAAGAAGCUCUGGAGAGGAUGAAGCAAGCAGAGGAGAAAAAGAAAGUGGAGGAGCAGAAGAGGGUGGAAGAACUUCACAAACAGAUGGAAGAACUGAAGCUGAGGGAAGAGGAGGCAACUCGUCUAAAAAAGGAGCAAGAGGCUCUGCUAGUCAAGCAAUGGGAGCUGGAGAAGAUAGAGGAGGAAAGGAGAGAGGUGGAAGAAAGACGAAAGAAGUCUGAGAUGGGGCAUUUCUUGAUUCGGCAAUAUCGUGCUCAGCUGAAGCGGAGAGCCCAGAAAGUGCAAGAGGAGCUGGAGGCCGACCGUAAGAUACUGGCAGCCUUGCUGGAAGGAGAGCAGGAGGACCAGAGGAUGGAAACUGUGCGAAGGGAAAGGGCCAUCGCUGACGCUGCCUGGAUGAAACGUGUGAUUGAAGAGCAGCUUCACUUGGAGCGGGAGAGGGAGGCUGAGUUUGACAUCCUUCACAGAGAAGAAGCUCAACAUGUGUGGGAGAAACGAGAAGCACAGUGGGAGAAGGAGAGGAAAGCCAGAGAACGGCUCAUGCAAGAGGUGCUUGCGGGGAGACAGCAGCAGCUGGAGCUGAAGAUGCAGAAAAUCCGUGAGGCUCAGGAGGAGUCCCUGAGGAGACGAGAAGAGCUGAUCCAGGAGCUGGAGCUGGAGAGGGAGCUCAGACGCCAGGAGACGGAGCGAGAAGAGGGCCGUAGGACUGCACGGCUGCAAGAAAUAAAUGCUCAGGUGGAGCAGCAGCACCAAAAGCAGAGGGAGGAGCAGCAUAGGAUAGAGCAGGAGGAGGAGGAGGACAGGGAGGCUCUUCAAAUCCAGGAGGAGGAGCUGAGGCUGGAGAUGCAGAGGAUGGCCAAGAAAGGGUACCAGGAGAAGAUUCACAGCAGACCUCGAUCAGCCUGGACAUGAGCAAACCUACAAGACUAAAACCAAAGCAGAACUGUGAGAUGUACAUUCUUCUCCAUGUAAUUAGCCUUAAAGGAUGGUUUCACAUCUUUCCAAGCGUGUCUUAAAACACCGCUCACAUGCUCAUGUGUCGACAGUUAGUGAAACUGUUAUCAUUCCAUUCCUAAAGUCAUUCCAAGUAUCUGACGGGGGACAAAAUCCACAAUUCAUAAAAUCGAGUGGAAACCUUCCUUUUAGUGCAAAAGUCCCUCUUUUUUCUCUCCUGCAGGUUUUCUUGCUGGGAAGCAGUGAAGGGACAAUAAAACAAGCAGAGAAUUUCAUCGUAAAAAGAUUUGAACUUUGGAAGAUUCCCACUCGAUUUCAACUGCGACUCCUGAAACUACAGAUAAUCUUUGAUUUAACUUUCAAAUGAAAUAUUUAGCACAGAUCAAAGACUGUGAAUUUUGUCUUCCAUCUCUCACAUUGAAGGGAUCAUUUCACAGCCAGUAUGGAGAAGAUGAACAAUUUUCUGAGCCAGUAGCUCUUUAAAUGUACAUAUGGGCAUUAUUACAGUAUUGUUUUAAGACAGGUUUAAAAAAAUGUGAACCUCUCCUAUAAUGUCUUUCAAAGACAAGCAUUUAUAAUUUGUGUCAUCUUGACAAUAAUAAUUUAAUGCUGGUUGUUUGCAUAUGUAGAAAAUAGUUAGAUUUUUUUUUGCACUUUUAGAGCUGUAUAUUUUCUGUACUGCAGUUUUUAAUAAAAGUCAUACA